AUGAGUUCCCGAGAUGACGAAGAUACCCCUUUAUUGAUUUCCGACCCAUCUGUAAAUAGAGCCUAUCGUUCGCGAACUCCAUCUCCGAAAAGAGAAUACUGUUCUUCUUGUCCCUUGCUUUUACAAAAUUCUACGGACAAUGAUAACGGUGCCUCUUCAACACUAGGUAAUACGACUAGUACGGAAAGCAAAUAUAGAUCAACACCUCAAAGUUCUUCUUCGCAUAAGAGUUAUAACGCUACCGACAACACAAAUGAACCUAUCUCGUUUAAUGAUCCCGAAGACCAAAGUCGAGUAAUUAAUGAUGAAAGCUGCGGUAGAACAGACUGCUGCAUGGAUAAUACGCCUAGAAGACGACUGAUUUCGCCGUUAUUAGUAUUACCUUUGAACUUUAUCAAUGCGUUUGCAUGGGCGAUGAUUGAAAUUCCUCUUUUGUUUCUUCUUCGUCAAGGGCUUUGCGCCAAACAUUAUGGGCUAAAUCCAUCUGAAUUAGCUCCAGGUGAUCCAAUGUGUCGUCUUCCUGAAAUCACCGCUGGUGUUUCAAAAUAUCGUGCCGCCUUUGGCUCUGUGGCUGCAUUUCUUGGGCUGUUGUCCACAGCCUAUUAUGGUACUUUAGGUGAUAUUUAUGGACUAGGAGGAUAUAUCUCUACAAUACUUGCUGGACAAAAUUCAUUUGUUGCUGAUUGCACUCGGAAUGAACACCGAGCUUGGUAUCUGGCUUUGAAUUUUGCUACUUACCACGUUGGAACUGCCCUUGGCCCGACUGUUAGUGGCUACAUUUUGCAGUAUUCCUCUAAAAUGUAUUAUGUAUUUAUUAUAACAGCAGUAUUGUGGACAUUCUAUAUACUUUACGUUUGGCUUAUUUUACCAGAAAGUCUGAACCGAAUCGAUAACCAAACUCAUGACUCUUGUCUUUCUUUAAACUCAACGAUAGGUACUUGUUUGGAACCACUGAAGGUACUGUGGCCUCAAGUUGUUUGUACGGAAGGAAGCUGUUCCAUUCGUCAAUACGAUGUUAAUUGCGAUACUCAUGCUGGAAGAAGGCAUUGGGAUGUUAUGUUAGCUUCGAUAUUAAUUUUUUUAGCACUGAUUGGAGCAGGAGCUAUGGCUUUACUGCCUAUCUAUACAGACUUCCAGUUUGGUUGGGGUCCAAUGAAGGCAAGUCUAAUCUUGUUUACAGAUUCGUUUGCUAGCGCUUUCACGCUGGUUACUAUCUUCCCUUUAGUUUCCAAAGUAAUAGAAAGAGUUUUGGAAACGCUUCACUCUUCAAAGGGAUUAUUUAAUUAUCUAAGUAGACGUACCGAUAACCCUUCUACGCUACAAGGUAUUCGGAAUGUGUUCUCUUAUUUGACUCUUCCAGGGUAUACCAAUGAGAAUGUCCUUCGAGCUGACACAUUGGACGAAAAAUACACUAUCGUCAAACGUGAUGUUUGGAAUGCCAGAUUUAGUUAUAUUGUCGCAAUUUGCUCCUCUGUAUUACUUGCUUGUGCCAAAACAGAUGUUUCAUUGUUUGUGGCUAUCGUUGUUCAAGCCAUUUCAAAUAUGGUAAUUCCUUGUGUUCAAUCUAUCGCUCUAAACGGAGUUUUAUCUGAAUAUAAUGGACGUAUAUUGGCUGCUUUUGCCGUUUUCGAAGCUGCUGCUCUAAUAAUAAGAGGCCCCAUGUAUGCUUACAUAUAUGCCGCUUCUGUCGAUACCUCAUUCCCUAAUCUUAUUUUUUACGUGAGUGCCGUUCUAUACAUUAUCUGCUUGGUGGUAACUUAUUUUAUGAGACUCUACAAACCUUUAAAUCGAAAAUAA